AUGUUGUAUAAUGCAACAAAAGACAUUCUUACCUCGUAUUUGAUGACUUUUCAUGUUAUCAAAGCCAGUAAAAAGGACUAUACCAUAUGCUCCAUCAUUGCUAUUGGACCCUUCAGUAUCAUGUAUUUAAAUUUGAAUAAUUUAACCACUUCACCAUUCAAUGAUAACAAACUAUUCCAGAACUCGAACUUUACUUUGGAGCAAGUACAGUUUAUAUACAAAGAAUUUACAGAUAAAUAUAAGUUGAAAAUUGACCAGGAAGUUAUUGAGGACAUAUACAUACAAACUAAUAGCAGAAGGAGUCCUGGUUUUGGGGAUAAUGAUGGGAUGUUUAAGAUUUCCUCACCUUUAGUGCACUGGAUAGUCCUUCAGCAAAUAAUUUCUCAUAUAUUUCUGACUUUACCUAAAGUAGAUGUCAAAUACCAUCCUUCGGGUGCCUUAGAUAUCUUUGAAGUCUUAAAACAAGUUAUACGUAUAUUUGAUCAAGAAGCAAUAAAAUCUUGUAACUCUUUUAAGUUGGCACGUGUACUUGUUAACAAUGUGAAUAAUCAGGAAGUUUCUAGAGAAUCAGUGUAUAUAAAUAAUGAGUAUAUUGACAUAGUUAUAUCACAACCUAAUCAUCCAACAAUUGCUCUUGAACUUUUAGCCACAGCAACAAUAAAAGAGCUCAAUAAACACUAUGAACGGGCACUACUAUGCAACAAGAAACUACUUGCAGAUGAAACAUGGGUUGUUUAUUUUACUUGUUAUAAAGAUGCCAUUUCAAAGCCAUACUGGCCAACCAAAUCUCAAUUGCAAAAGGAUCUUCAAGUUAUAUACUUUUGGCAUGACCUUAACUUUACAAAA